AAGAGAUAUCAGCCUCACACUUGCAGUGACAUCCCUCCUCCCUCCUCCCCAGAUCAGCGAGCGAUCCGGCAGGCCAGCCAGACAUGAUGUUUCAGUUGCAGACCGCACUCGCGUGCCUCCCUCUCCUCCUCUCCGCCGCACUGGCCUCCCCCUUCCCGAAGGAGAAGGUCGAACGUGCCAGCUGUGCCUAUACUUGUGGAAGCCACUGCUACACCUCCAGUGCGGUGAGUGCGGCGCAGGCGGAAGGCUACUCGCUGUACAAGUCGGGUGAAACCCUCAACGACUACCCGCAUGUCUACCAUGACUAUGAGGGCUUCGACUUCAGUGUCUCGGGGACCUACUAUGAGUUCCCGAUCCUGAGCGAUGGCGACGUCUAUGACGGGGGAUCUCCUGGGGCCGAUCGGGUUAUCUUCAACACAGCGGACAAGUUGGCGGGGGUGAUCACUCACACUGGAGCCAGCAGUAGCAGCGGCUUCGUUGAAUGUACUUAGGAGUUUCCUAUCGCCUGGACUGUGGGAGUGGCAGGUCUUUCUUCAGAUGCGACCGGGGUUAUUGAGCCUGCUCUCUCUCACAACUCGGAUGGUGAAUGGCUGGCAUAUUUGAGCACCGAGUCAAAUUGCAUACCAUCGUCAGUGUUGUUCGUAUUCUGUGUUUGGAUGUGAAUCAACUUAUGUUC